UGAGUACACCCCUAAGUUAAAAUGUCCAAAUUGGGCCCAAUUAGCCAUUGUCCCUCCCCGGUGUCAUGUGACUCGUUAGUGUUAGAAGGUCUCGGGUGUGAAUGGGGAGCAGGAGUGUUAAAUUUGGUGUCAACGCUCUCACACUCCCUCAUACUGGUCAUUGGAAGUUCAACAUGGCGCCUCAUGGCAAAGAACUCUCUGAGGAUCUGAAAAAAAGAAUUGUUGCUCUACAUAAAGAUGGCCUAGGCUAUAAGAAGAUUGCCAAGACACUGAGCUGCAGCAUGGUGGCCAAGACCAUACAGCGGUGUAACAGGACAGGUUCCACUCAGAACAGGCCUCGCCAUGGUCGACCAAAGAAGUUGAGUGCACAUGCUCAGCGACAUAUAUAGAGGUUGUCUUUGGGAAAUAGACGUAUGAAUGCUGCCAGCAUUGCUGCUGAGGUUGAAGGGGUGGGGGGUCAACCUGUCAGUGCUCAGACCAUAUGCCACAAAUUGGUCUUCAUGGCAUGGUCAGUUAUUUUUUUAUUCCAAUUACUUUUGUGAUACUACUAACACAGUUUUUUGCCAUCCAGCUGGUCCUAUUGGAAGAGGAUAGUGAUGACCACAGCAGUGGUUUUUAUAUUUUUUCUCUUUAAAUAAGAUUUGGUCCAGAUGAUCACCUAAUCAGUUCCUCAUAAAGUGGAAUGAGUUGUGCUUGUGUUAGAAUUGAUCAGACACUGGAAUCGAAUGGUUGCCAAGUAAAUAUGUAAAUAACAUUUCUUAUCUUCUUACAAUGGUACCUAUUAAGGGGUGGGAUAAAUUAGGCAGCAAGUGAACAGUCAUUUCUUGGAUUUCAUGUGUUGGAAGCAGGAAAAAUGGGCAAAUGUAAGGAUCUGAGUGACUUUUACCAAGUGGCAAAUUGUGAUGUCUUGAUGACUGGGUUAGAGUAUCUACUGUACAAAACAGCAGUUCUUGUGGGAUGUUCCCAGUAUGCAUUGGUUAAUACCUACUAAAAAUGGUACAUGAUAGGACAACCUGUGAUCUGGUGACAGGGUCAUUGGCACCCAAGGCUCACUGAUGCACGUGGGGAGCGAAAGCUAGCCUGUUUGGUCUGAUCCCACAGACGAGCUACUGUAGCACAAAUUGCUUAAAAUAGGGGCGUAUUUAGGCAUGGGCGAAAUGUCCAGGGUGGCUUAUUGCCAGCGGUGGCACAGGGCACCCUGAAGUCCACCAGCCAUGUCAUCUCCAACCAUCCACAACCCCCAGCCACCCUGCCCCCAUCAACAACUUUUGUUAGUGGGGUGGGGGGCCACCCAGGGCACAACACAAGCUAGAACCACUACUGCUGAUUAACGUGAUACAUGAUAGAAAGCUGUCAGAACACACAGUACAUCAUAGCUUGCUGCCUACGGGGAUGCAUAGCUGCAGACCGGUCAGAGUGUCCAUGCCCUGUCCUCCUCCGAAAGCAUCUACAAUGGGUACGUGAGCAUCAGAACUGGACCAUGAAGCAAUGGAAGAAGGUGGCCUGGCAUGAUGAAUCACGUUUUUUUUUUUUUUAGAUCAUGUGGAUGGCCAGGUGCAUCUGCACCAUUUCACGUACACCCCUUCAUGGCAACGGUAUUCCCUGAUGGUAGUGGCCUCUUUCAGCAGGAUAAUGUGCCCUGCCACACUGCAAAAAUUGUUCAGGAAUGGUUUGAGGAACAUGACAAAGAGUUCAAGGUGUUGACUUGGCCACCAAAUUCCCCAGAUCUAAAUCUGAUUGAGCAUCUAUGGGAUGUGCUGGACUAACAAGUCUGAUCCAUGGAGGCCCCAGCUCGCAACUCACAAAACUUGAAGGAUCUGCUGCUAAAGUCUUGGUGCCAGAUGCCACAGGACACGUUCAAAGGUCUUGUUGAGUCCAUGCCUCGCUGGGUCUGAGCUGUUUUAGCUGCAUGAGGAGGACCUAGAAGAAAAUAAUUAGUGAGCAACUCUGUCUCAAAGUAUAGACCUGAACAAUGAUGAAUCACACUGUGGAGGAGAUUUACCACAGCUCUCAUGUGGAAAACGCCCUCCUUGCGACAUUCUACAUUGCCAUCUUUGUCCUCUCAGUUCCAAGCAAUGCCCUUGCACUUUGGGUGUUCUGUUGCCAUGACAACCGCAACACUCCUUCUAAAGUGUUUCUGAAGCACCUGGCCAUAGCUGACAUGUCUUACGUCUUGGUGCUCCCCAUGAGGGUGAUCUACCAUAUAUCAGACAGUAACUGGCCUCUUGGGGAGGGGGCCUGCUGUGUGGUUGGCUUCCUGUUCUUUGUCAAUCUCUACUGUAGCAUGUAUUUUAUGACCUGCAUCAGUCUGGACCGUCUGCUGGCUUGUGUCCUGCCACACAAGACUCGGAAUCUUAGAAGAAGCCGGAAUGCCAAAGUGGUCUGUGCAGUUCUGUGGAUCAUGGUGAUCAUCUCCAUGGUGCCUGUCCUUUUCUCCAGGAAACAAGUAACUAGACAAUUAACGAAUUGGAAUGUGACAGUGUGUGAACAACUGUACAUUGAAAAGUCAUCCAAUCCUACUAGUGCAGUUGUGUCCACUGCUGUUGCUUUUGUGAUACCUCUGGUCACCUUAUCAGUUUCUUACAUUAUCAUAUUUUGCAAAGUUAGAAGAAUGACUUUUCAAGAAAGGAUGCCUGCCCAGAAUAAGGCUUUGAGAAUGAUCAUACUAACUGUGGUUAACUUCUUGAUUGCCUUUGUGCCCUACCACAUCCACCGGUUUGUCUUUAUAAUUCAACUGGAUGGCAUGUCAAUAUCAGAAUCAGAAAGGCAUCUGUUGUAUUUGGGAAAUCGCAUUACAUCAGCUUUCACAUGUGUAAGUGGUGUGUUGGACCCUGUCAUGUACUUUUUUCUGGCUCGAACUUACCAGAAGGUGCUUCUGCAGCUCUGUGGUAGAACCCCCAGAGAGAAGCAAUCCAACACAUGAACACAACCCACAUCUCACUUUUUCCUGUUAGUCCCAGACAUACCUAGAGAGUAUCUGCAAUCCAUGUUCUCCAGGAUGACACUGAAGUCAAAGUGGAAAAAGUAUGGCUGAAAAGCAAUAGCUAAGGUUCAACUCCAAAUUCAUUCAGGUGCUUAUUGAGUUUUUUUCAUUAGUUUCUACACUUUAGAAAAAUAUAUUCUUUGGUAUUUCAUUUUAAACACACCCCAAAUCUAAUUUCAGAAUACUUUUUUGGAAUAUUUGUUACUUUUUGAGAGAAAAUGUUUGGCUUCACUGGGUUGGAAAUGUUAAGACUAACUUUAAAUUUGGGGUCAAUAAGGUUUUAAUUUGAUCAUAUGACUUGAUUAAUCAUACAACUAUACAUUUGACAAUGACAAUAUAUGGAAUUUUUACCAUAUGUGAUUGGAGGAAUAUACCAUUUACCAUUUAU